CAUGGUCUGUUCCCAUGUCCCUCUCAACUCCCCCUUCCAGGAGAAUGUAAGUGCCUGAAGACAAGCGCUGUCUCACUUUUGUACCUGUAUCUUCAGUGCCUGUCAUGUUGCAGGGGCUUCGUACAUGUUUGAUGGAUGGGUUGUUGGUGAGGCUCAGAACCAGGAGAGCAGUUGCCUUCGUCACUGGUCCCUUCCCCUUUCGAGGGAUGGAAUUAUGAUGAAAGCAAGUGAAGAGGCUGUCAGCUUCUCCACUCUUUCUGGCAGGGAUCUGAGCGGCUCACGUGCCUUCUUUUGGAGAAAGCCCCCGGGUUCUUCCCACUGGCCACACAUUCUUUCUCCUUCCCACCUCCCUACUUGUGUAAGGAUUCCCCUCUGCCUCCUCAGCAUCCUUCUCUUCUUUGUGUGCACGUUGAAGCCCACUCCCAUCUUGCAAAAGAGGACGUCGUUCUCUGGUAAUCCAGACUGUGAAGAGGCACUGGGGCACCUGACUCUUUCUUCUAGGACACAGACCAGCCUGAGAAGAGCAGGAUUGGUGACCUUCGAAGAUGUGUCUGUGGACUUCUCCCGAUCUGAGUGGAAACAGCUGAAACCUGCCCAGAGGGACCUGUACAAGGAUGUGAUGCUGGAGAACUAUAAGAACCUGGUCUCCCUGGGUGAGGAGCACUGCUUCCUGGGACUGAGAAUCUGUCUGCCCUUUGGGAUGGAUGUCUUUUACACGCGCAGAGCCACCCCAGUGGGAGGAAGGAAGAGGAGGGGGAAUAGCUUGCUGGUGCACCGGGGCAGAGAGGGACCCCGGCUGGGUGACGUCAUCCGCUCGGCAGCGGCCCCGCCCCUUUCCCGGAGCCCGGCAGUGGGGGGUCUGCAGAGCGCAGGCGCAGAGCGGGGGGGGGGAGUUACGCGCCCCUAG